UCCUGCAGAUGAAACACGUCAAUACUGUUUCCGUGCAUGAGUCACUUAUUUAGUGAUCGGUCUCAGUCUAAUGGUUUUUCUCACCUGCACGUCUCAGGAAGAGUGACCAAUGGAUGUGUUAUUUUUACUGUAUGUUGUCUCUGCGACUUUUGCAGGUUUGUCUGAAGGAGCUGGUGUGUUGCCAGCUGAUUCUCUGAAUGCAGCUGUUGGAAGAACUGUGACGUUCACCACAACACUGACUCCACAAGAAAACCAAUUUGUGGCCUGGACCUUUGAUUUUAACAAUAUAAUAACCACAAACACAACUUCAGAGACAACUGCACCACAGUAUGAAGGCAGAAUCACCCUUGACAGAUUUACUGGAUCUCUGCAGCUCAGGAAUGUGUCCCUCACUGACAGUGGAGAAUACAGAGUUAGCAUUAUAUCACCUGGUGGAGGAUUUUAUACAGGACAGACCAGACUGGAUGUAUAUGUGCCAGUCUCCAAUGUAAGAGUGACUGCCAACAGCUCAGACUUGAUAGAGUUCAACAGCUCUGUCAGCCUGUCCUGCUCCUCCUCUGGAUCCUCCCUCUCUUUCCUCUGGCUGAACAGCAGCUCUGAGGUUACAGCCAGUGACAGAGUUCAGCUCACUGAUGGAGGUGCCAUCCUCACUAUAAUCAGUGUGACCCGCUAUGACCAGGGACCAUUCAGGUGUCGUGUUUUCAAUCCUGUUAGUAAUGGCAGCAGUGAUCCAGUGAACCUCUCCAUCAGCUAUGGCCCAGACAAUAUUACUUUGACAUUAUCCCCAUCACAAGAAUACUAUGUGGAAGGGUCAAACAUCAUCCUGUCCUGCUCAGCUGUCUCCAGACCUUCUUCUCUGUUUUACUGGUUUCUGAAUGGAGACUUGCUGACUGCUAGAGGAUCAGAGCUCAGACUCAUGAACAUUCAGAUGAGUCAGAGUGGGAACUACAGCUGUCAGGCUUUUAACAACAAAACUAUGAGAACUCAAAUAUCUCAGCCCUCAGUUGUCUCUGUACUGGAGAGAAUAUCAGGAGCUUCUGUCAAAUCAUCAACAAACCAGCCAGUUGAUGGAAACUCAGUCAACUUAACCUGUGAGGCUGCUGGCUCUGUCUUCACCAGACAGUGGAUGAAGGAUGGCUCAGAUCUGAUCCUGACUGACAACAUGAUGCUUUACAAUGAGGGCAGAGUGUUGUCUUUUCAACCUCUGAAGAAAAAAGACAGUGGAGAAUAUUCCUGUAAAAUCAGCAACCCUGUCAGCAGUGAUGAAGCUAAAUACGUCAUGGUUGUUAAUUAUGGACCAGAAAAUGUUAAAAUCACAGGUGAAACUCUGAUAUAUUUGCAAGAGACCUUAAAAUUAACCUGCUCUGCUGAGUCCACACCAUCUGCUAGUUACACCUGGAUGUGGAAUAAGACAGAGAUAAUAAGCUAUUCUGCUGAGCUCACUAAAGUCAUCACUGAACUUUCUGAGAGUGGAAACUACACCUGUCAAGCAAUGAACAAUGUAACUAGGAGAACAUUAUCUGCAGUGCAUGAAUUGACUGUAAAAGCUGAACGACCUCCAAGUUGUUCUGCUGGUUGUAUCGCUGGAAUAGUAAUCGCUUGUCUUGUCGUUGUUGGAGCUGCUGCUGGUGGAGGCUACUAUAUUUAUAAAAACAAAAAAAUGACAAAAAAAUCUAAUAGAGACACCGACACCAGAACAGGAGGUGGAGGCCAGAACAACGCAGGAUUCUCAGGAAGUCAGGAGCUGAACUAUGCAGACAUCAGGUUUUUCCAGAACAGCAAUGGUGGGGCAGUCCAGCUGGGGCCACAGAGUAACCCAUCAGAAUAUGCUCAGGUCCAAGUAAACAGCGGGUCUCCUGCAGUAUCUUCCCUUCCUACCUAUGAGGUCCACAUGCAGCGAAUGCAGAUUCCUGCUGCUCAGUCUGGUACACAAACUUAUUCUCAGGUCCGCAGGAACUGAUCACAUUGAAUACAGUGGAUCAGCUGGUCAGGUUAGACGAGGCCAGAAGCAGCUAAUAUGUUAGAGUAACCUGCACUUCCUCUCACUUUUUUAUGGAAGACUAAUUUGGACUUAGUUUACUGACUCAGAGCACUUCAGCAGUAGUUAAUAAUCAACCACCUCUGACGGUUAUUGCCAUGACUGAGGUCAGAAGACACAAUGUUGCCCCAUUUAUAUAUAAAUAUCUUUCUUAUUCUUUUGUUUAGGAUUAUAUCUGUACAGUUGAUGCAGACUCCAGUUAUAAAUAUUCUCUUUGUGUGAUUCCGUUGUUUUGCUUGAGUUUGACACUGGUCUGGUGUAAAAUUUGACUGUAUAUUUUGUAUACUUUGUAUACUGGAUGAUUUCAGUUGAGGUGCCAGUUUGCAGCUUGUCCGUUCUUAAUUCAUUUUAUAUCUAUUCAACAUUUUAAACACAACAACGGUUAAAACAAAAUGAUGAUACACACAUACACGCACAUAUACAUACGGAUACACCUUUUGACAUGUACGGAGAGUUGUAAUUUGCCAUUUGGGAGGGUUCUUGUUAUCUGUCAGUACAAAGAAACAGUUGAAAGAGCAACAGAGACUGUAAUUUAAUUCCAUGGUGAUAAAAUUCAACUUCUUUUAUUAUCCCAUAGAAGUAAGGUCUAGCAGCCACAAUAAUCCACAAUAAUUAGCAUGCAAAUAUAAGCAAUAACAAGACAUUUUCUCUCCUGUUGCACUUGAAGCCAAUGAAUUAACAGUAGUUCAUAGCCAAAGUUGUAAAAAUCAACAUGAGAUGUCUGCUGGUUAUUUGCUGGAUAUCUACAAGUGCAAUAAAUGUGUAAAGUCUUAAAGUUUGUCCGGCAGGAAUGCGGAAACUAUGGCCUUAUUCAAGUUUACAGUAAAUGUUAGUUUCUAUGCGAUAAGAUGAUAAGGUUCUUUCUUUGCAGCAUAUCUAAAAGUCUCAAAACAACAGGGAACUAAUUCAAAUAAGUACUGUAUUAGAGGCAGCAUUUCUGCACUGACAUUUUAAAAAAGGGUUUCAUUUGUUAAUAAAGCAGAAGACUCAGGGAAGGGAAGUUCAGUUCAUAGCUGUUGUUGAUAAUGCCAUGACAUAGGAUGAAAUCAAGAGUGUUACCAUUUCCAGAAAUUUUCAUUUCUUUAACACACUGAGUGAAUUGAACCAACAACAACCAACAAUCAUGAAAAUCUUCAUCAUCUGUAUUAUUCUAAUCUUCACCUUAAAUUGUACGAGGGAACUGGACAAUUAAGCAAUGCAAUCUAGAGUAAAAAGGAAAUGGGACUGUACCCGCAUCUGCAGGCUAUAGUGCAUCACGUGUGAAAAGCAUCAGACAACUACAGGAAAGUCAAGAGUACAUGCAAUAAAGAUGUAUUUGUGUUUGAAUAUUUAUUUAGUUUAAUAAAUAGAGCCACACACUGUUUGGCACGCUCUACUUCAAAACUAACUAUUAGCCAGCAGGCACUGAUGCUAUCCCCGUUGGAAGCUCCUUUUUGCAACAUCCGGUAACAUGCAAGGCUUCAGUUCAAGGCACAGAGUCAUUUAUCUGAAGCCUGGCUCCACAUUAACUGCAUUAGAUUAGUUCCUCUUACUUUGUUUGACCAGCAAUGCUGUUAAAUAAACUGUCCAUAAUCUUCAUAGUUUAGUGUUGCACAGUACAUAUUACUGAAUCAGACUGUAUAAUUUAGUUAUUGUAUAUAACAAUGAUUUGCUUUCAUUUCAGAACAAAUGAGACAGUGAAAAGGCUGACUCCCAACCCAGUCUGUGUCUUUGUCCUGGUUUUCCAUCCCCCAUUAGUUACUCAUUACUAAAGAUCAAACUCACUGUGACUUAUUCACAUGGUUGACUUCCCCUGCAUUUUAAAAAAGUAUUGGUUUACAAGUGUGACUUUUUCUAACCUUUUAUCCUAAUUUGUUGACCAGUAAAUUCUCAUUGGGUUCAUCUGUUUGACCAGAACAUAGCUUCUUCUUUUUUUUUUUCCUGUCACAUGCCACACCAAAGUGAAUGUGUGAUGAAUGAUCAACCGGCUUGCCUUUUCGCCAAAGACAGAAUUUGUAAUUCUCAGGUCUAGAUAUUGAUAUUGUAAUAAUUGAAUUGCUUACUCAGAAGAAUAAACUAUUUUUUUUAACUUACUGAAAUGUGCAGCUCA